GUUUGGUGUCGGUACUUCCGGUUUCCGCUGCAAGCGAAGUCACGUGGUGUGUCGAGUCAAGAUGGCGCCGGCCAAGAGAAAACGUGGAGGUGCAGAAACUAGACCUAUAAAGAAAGUUAAAUUUGUAGAAAAUGGAGAAAGUGAUAAAAACGACGCUGCGACGGAACAAGAGACGAGUAAAGAGAUCACGGUUCCGCCUCCGGUUUCUCUGGGCAAGUGGAAGAACAAGGAACGGGUUUUAGUUUUUUCCUCCCGAGGCAUUAACUUCAGAACACGGCAUCUGAUGCAGGAUCUCAGGACCAUGAUGCCUCACUCCAAAGCAGACACAAAAAUGGACAGAAAAGACAAGCUGUUUGUGGUGAAUGAGGUUUGCGAAAUCAAAAACUGCAACAAGUGCAUUUUCUUUGAAGCGAAGAAGAAAAAAGAUCUGUACAUGUGGGUCUCAAAUGUUCCUCAUGGACCUUCAGCCAAGUUCCUGGUACAGAAUCUGCACACACUCGCCGAGCUGAAGAUGACCGGAAAUUGCCUGAAAGGAUCCAGACCGCUGCUCUCAUUCGAUCCUAAGUUUGAUAAGGAGCCUCACUACUCCCUGCUGAAGGAGCUGUUCAUUCAGACCUUCUCUACGCCGCAGUAUCAUCCCCGCAGUCAGCCGUUCGUGGAUCACGUCUUCACCUUCACCAUCACAGACAACAGAGUCUGGUUCAGGAAUUAUCAGAUUAUAGAAGAGGACGCGUCACUUGUAGAAAUCGGCCCUCGCUUCGUCCUCAAUCUGAUUAAAAUUUUCCAGGGAAGCUUCGGCGGUCCGACACUUUAUGAAAACCCACAUUUCCAGUCACCGAACACGUAUCGACGCCUGCUGCGUCUCAGCAUGUCGGCUAAACAGAAAGAGAGGCAGAUGGUGAAGCAGAUCCAUCUGGAGAAAAGGAGCGAGGCCAAGGAACCGGUGACGACGGACGUGACGGACGACGUGUUUGUCACACCGGCCGAGAGGAAAGAGAGGAAGGUGCAGCUCGAAGCCCCGGAACAGAACCCGGGCAAGAAGAAGAAGAAGAAGAAGCUGACGGAGCUGAAGAAGAAGAAAGUGAUGAAACGUAAAGGCCUCAGAUGAAGAACCGGAGGUUUCGCAACGUCUCACCUUUUUCCCUCGUCGUCUUAUUUGUCCUUUUACUUUUCAGCUUUAAAGUGUACGGGAUUUUUUUUUUAAGGAUGUGUCUGAAACGUGUUAUUCUAAGGAUCUCAAAAUACGUACUGCUGUGUUGACUACGUUUAAUUUGUUACAACAUUAAACCGUUCGUAUGAAAA